UAAACUUGUUGUGAUGUUCUCUGUGUUCUCCUCUGUUGCGUGGCGCAAGCAAUAAAAUAAUUCAACCUGUAAAAAGAAAAGAAGAACACUGGGUCCAAAGAUCAAUUAAUUUUUUUAUAAUUUUAAAUACAUUAUUUGUGUUCUAUUUUUUAUCUAAUAAAAAAAUCUAACUCAUGCGAUAGAGAGGAGUUCCAAGUUCAAUUGACCGAGUAAAAAUAUUUUCCUAUUUACCAAUCAAUUUAUUGAAUUUUUACAUAUUUAUUAAAUUACGAAGAAAGUUUCACUUUUUCUAUCUCAUCACAAAAAAAUAUUUAUUUAAAUCAUGAAUACCGGAAAAUUAGCUGGUCGUACACUUUUCAUAACUGGAGCAUCGCGAGGAAUUGGAAAGGCAAUUGCUCUGAAAGCUGCCCAGGAUGGUGCCAACAUUGUUGUGGCAGCUAAGACAGCUGAACCGCACCCAAAACUACCCGGAACAAUUUAUAGUGCUGCUGAAGAAAUUGAAAAAGCCGGUGGAAAAGCUCUCCCAUGCAUUCUUGAUGUCCGCGAUGAGAGUCAAGUCAAGAGUGCUGUCCAAAAAGCAGUUGAAAAGUUUGGUGGCAUCGAUAUUCUUAUUAAUAAUGCCAGUGCCAUAUCUCUAACACCAACUGCUCAAACUGAUAUGAAGCGAUAUGACCUCAUGCACCACAUUAACACUCGUGGAACAUUUUUGGUUUCCAAAGAAUGUUUGCCUUAUUUGGAAAAGAGUAAUCAUGCACACAUUUUGAAUAUUUCACCUCCAUUAAACAUGAAACCACUUUGGUUUGCAAACCAUGUAGCCUACACAAUGGCCAAAUACGGUAUGUCUAUGUGCGUCCUUGGAAUGGCUGAGGAAUUCAAACACAUACCAAUUGGUGUAAAUGCCCUUUGGCCACGUACCGCUAUUCAUACUGCAGCUAUUGAAAUGUUAAGUGGUCCAGAUAGCAACCAAUUCUCAAGAACACCCGAAAUUAUGUCCGAUGCUGCUUAUGCUGUUUUGUGCCGUGAGCCAAAGGCUUGCUCAGGAAAUUUCUUUAUUGAUGAUGAGGUCCUUAUAUCAGAAGGCGUUACUGACCUCAAGAAAUAUGCUUGUGUUCCUGAAAACGCUGACAGACUGAUGGGUGACUUUUUCUUAGAUUCCACCGAUAUGUCAGAUGAACUUAAUAAAGUAGGAACACCAGUCAAAACUACCGAAGGCGGCAGUAUUCCGAAAUUGUUUGAGAAAAUCGAAAGUCUACUUAGUGAAGAACUUGUUGGUAAGACCCAAGCAAUCUACCAAUUUAAUGUGGAAGGUUCUGAAAAGGGAGUUUGGUUCUUGGACUUGAAGACUGGUUCAGGCAAGUGUGGCAAAGGAACACCACAAACAAGUCCAGAUGCCAUUUUGACAAUGACAUCGGAUAACUUUAACGAUAUGUUUGCAGGUAAAUUGAAGGCUCCUACAGCAUUCAUGUCUGGCAAAUUGAAAAUUAAUGGCGAUCUUCAAAAAGCCAUGAAACUCUCGAAGCUUAUGGGUGGUUUAAAAUCAAAGUUGUAGAUUAAUUUAUUUUUUUCUUCUUGUUUUAGAUAAAAUGGAAAA